AUGACACCAGAAGUUGUGUACGUGCAAACUGAGACUGAGACACAUUGGUCCAUUGAAAUCUUCCAUUCCCAAAAGCAACAUGUGUCUCAAGCCAGCAAAAGUGUUGAAGUUCUUUCUAGGAAGUCUUCUGCCAAAUUGGAGUCUUUUAGCAUGGUGCCAUGCUCUUUUGAGAUUGCUGAAGAAAGCAUUCCUGAAUUUGUGGAAAAGCCAUACCCAGUGACAACACCCAAGGAGGAAUUCACUAAUACAUUUAUCAUAUCCACUCCUCACUGCCCCAACCUAUGUGGAACUUCCACUUAUUGCUUUCUCUAUGUUUUCUUUUCUCUCCAAUCUGAAUGUUUGUCAUGAAACGAUAUGGAUAACUACAAGUGUGUGGUGUCCAAUACUCACACUGAUGCCAUCUACAUGGUAUCCUUGAUCAUGGCUGAAGAACUGAAACCUCUGAAAGUGACUAUAUGACAGACAGCAGUGUUUGAAACCCACCCACCAAAGAAAGUGCAAAUCUUCAUCUAGAAGUUCAAAGGGAAAGAGUUGAAGUGGGAUGAUAAGUAUGAAAUUUUCACAUCUGAUGAUGGAUUGGCCCACACUGUGAAAACUAAGGCGGUUCAGCCCAGUUACUUUAAAGUACUCAGUGUUGAGAUUGAAGUUCUAGUGCAGAACACUCCGCUCUUCAUUGAUCAUAAUCUGUGGAUGGGGGUAUAUAAGGUGCUUGCUGGUAUGUGCCCUUUUUCUUGCCAAAACCCUUCCACUUUCCCAGGGGUUCCAUUUCAGUUUGUCAGCAAUCUCAAUAACACCCAAGUGAAAAAGAAGGGAGAAGCCUGCCUGGAGUGUGUGCUGACUUACGAAGAUCUCACCCUGAAGGGGAUAAAGAAUGGACAAGUGAUUCAGAGGUCUCCUAAGUACACCAUGAAGCAUGAAAGCAAGAGAGAAGAGCUUAUUAUUAAUGCUGCUGAGCUGAGCAACUCAGGAAAUUGCACAGCAAUUUAGGCUAUGUAAGACAGUGACCCAAAUGAGCAGUACAGUAGUGCCAGUGUAAGAGUGGAAGAUAAGCCAGAAGGGAGCAGUUUCCCAGCCCUGGGCUUUCCGAGUGUGCAGUCUGAAGAGGACUCUGUGGCCAGGGUUGAGUGUGGUUGGCAGGGGGCAAGGAAACCCUGGCGCCUGGAGGAUGGCUACCAGGUCUGGGACAGGGUUGGAGAUAGUGUUUGUGGCAAUGUGAGUAGUUUCCUGCCUCAGUCUUCUUGUCAGAUUAUGGACAUGAAAAAGAUCUGGAUAGUGAAGCAGAGAGGCAUACACAGACUCAUAGUGGACAGAAUGGGAGAGGAACAUGAAGGGAGGUAGAUGUUCAGGGCCAAGGGGCAGAGACUCUGGAUCACCUUUCCUGGGAACUCACAGGUACAGAAAAGAUGUAAAGCUAUUUUUGCAGCUGCAGCUUUUAAAUGCCUUCUGUUCUUUCCAGAUUCUCCUGUUAUUGAAGAAUUUGUCCUCGAGCUUUCUGCUGUACACAGUGUUUCUGUGAAGACUAAGUAUACAGCAAGCAUCAAGGUGCCUCUCAAGGCAAAACUGAUGCCCAAAGUCACAUGGUUCAAAGAUGGCGUUGAGGUGACAGAGGAAGUUCUUGCUUCAUCGAGAAAGCCAGUGACUCACUUUGUAGAGAGGAAGAUGACUGGAAAAAAAUCCUGGAUGAAAAUAGGGGUGGUGUAGAGCAACUAAACCAAACUUGCUAUGGAGAAGGUGGAGGAAGGGAAAGCCUACUAAUUCAAAAUACAUGCUGUCAACUCUGAGGGCCUCAUCAAGCCCCUGGAAACAGAAGAAAUUUUUGCUGAAGAACCUGUUAGCCAGCUGGUUUUAGUGUGGUUUCACAGUCCCACUUCCCAUCGUUUCUGUUGUUUCCUUCCUUGCCAGUCCCCAAAAGGACACUGUUCCCUGUGCUUCAGGGGACUAAUUCCAGGGACAGAGCUUAGAAGCUGCUUUGUGCUUAGGCUAAUAACCAGGAUCAAACAAAUACCCAGGUCCUUUCACUGCAAGUGUGUUCUGAGACAGGUGUCUCAGCCUCACGUUGUAGAUGUCAGGAAAGAAGCUGUCACCAUCACCUGGAACUGCCUGGCCCAGGAUGGAGGCUCCCCGAUGCGAGCUUAGAUCGUAUAAAAAAGGUAGAAGGGCAGCAAACUUUGUGUCCCAGUCACCAAGGAGCCAGUCCAAGGUCAGACCAAGAUUAUUAUCUGCUUUAGGCAGACAGAAGGAAAGUUAGAUAAGCUUUGGAUGCAAAGCAAAGUAUUGAUUAAUCAAGGAAAAUUUCAUCAUGGCAUCGAGCAAGAUACACUUUUUGACAUCUACUGUUCAAAGGGAGAUUUUUGGCCCUCAGAUAGAAAUGGCUUGAUACUCAUGAACGAGAGGGCAGAACUCUCAGCACCUCUGAAAGUCACAUGUAUGGUUUUCAGUGUUCAGCAUCUUGAAACAGGAACAGCUCUUCAUUCACAUGUGCAGGCACAGGCCUGCGGGUACAGCACUAAAGACACCAAGAAAUGGACAAAAUGCACUAAGAUCUCGAUCUCUAGUACCACUUAUGCUGUGGGAGGCUUGCAGGAGAGAUAAAUACUACUUCUAAACCAAGCUGUGAAUGAAGCUGGUAUGGGAGGUGCAGUGGAGUUUAAUCUGACUGUGAGGCUGAAGAGCCACAUGGUGGUUUGUGCUGGGACAGCAGCAUGCAUUCAUACAUCUUUCCUUGGAUCCCCACCCCCACCAGUGAUGUGGGAAGAGGAGAAGGACAAGAACCAUUCCCUCCUUAUCAACAACACCAAGCCAUUUAUUUCUGACCUGUACCAGAUUAUCCUCAAGAAUAGUUCUAGAGAAGCCCUUUACAACAUUCAAAUGCAAGUUGCAGAUUUCCCCAUACCACUCACUAAUCUGCAGCUUGUUCAUAGUUCAGGUGUAGAAGAUGAUGAUUAUGGUGUCCUGAAACGUUAUGUCAGUGCUGCCACGUGGUUCACAGCCGCAGAGAAGGUCCACAGCAAUAAGUACACUGUUGCGGGCCUGCUCCCAGGGAGGAAAUACUCCUGAGUCAUUGUCUGCAAUGACACUAGGGACGCCAACCAUCUGUAUUCACAGGAGCAGUGGUACAUGUCCAGAGACAGAGGUGGGUAUAAAACUUCAUGACAGCACUGGAGGAAGAUGAGUACUCUUAUACACAAGCCUGUGGACUAAGCUCAGGCUCCCUUUGUGGUCUUGGGUAGUUCACUAAGCUAUUCUGCACUCAGGUCCCCAGCUGGGGAACAGACACAAGAAUACCUCCUGUCCUAUCCGUUUGUUGGCAAUCUCUUCAGGACCAGGCUUCCCUUUACUAUGUGUAUGUGUAGCACAUUGCACGGUAGUUCAUACAGAUGCUGUUUGAAUUAAAAUUCAAGACAGUAGGGGCCAUCCAUGUGCAGGGAGGAUGAUAUUGUCAUGUCUUGACCUAACAGAAGAUUGGCAUUACAAGUCAUUUGUCUUGUGGUGUAUUUCCAGUCUGACCGGGAUUUGUUUCAUAAAUGAAAACCAAACAAAUCUAUCACAUGUAGGAGACUGUGUGACAGUCUUUAUGUGGCACAAGCUAUAAGAAGUCCCUAAAAGGACAUUAAAUGAAACACUCAGUGGUCACCCCAUCAGGUAAACACCUUCUCCUUUGUUCAGUCGCUCCCUGCUCAGCCCUAAUCAGUAAUAAGGAUGUCUCAUUAGCAAUACUCCCAGACAAAUCUGAACAUGCCCCAGCUCAUCAAAUCAAACUGGUAAGUGAUCCUUCUGCCCAGUCUGGGGAAAAGCAGAGUGCAGUUGCUCUGAACAGUGAGAUGCAAGCCAGAUUUUUUUUGCUUGCCUGUGUUAAUAAACAAUACAGUAAUACAAAACAAAUUAUAUAUAAAUAGCUAUUACCAGACUAUGCAUAUAUUUCUUCAGAAGCAUAUCCACAUGCUGCUACAAGUCUUCUAAUCCCAUUAAGAGUAAUGGGCAGUACACUGAAAUAACAGAAUAAGUAGUAUACUAAAAUGAGUAAUCAGGUGUCAAAUUGUGUAUUUGUAGUUAACAAUCAGCCUUCCUUGAUCAAUGUAACUAGACCAUAGGUAUGUUACUCCAGCUACACAUGCAGUUGAGAAAGCGCAGUUCCAGUUACGUGGCUGUAGUUGUGUUUUUGUAUGGAAUUACUCUCUAGGCCUGUAUUUUAGAGUCUGAAAUAAUUUCAGUAACUUCUGUGUGUGCAGGUGAGUAUAGAAGAAUAGUAAAUGGAGGAAAGCUAAGCUGUCACCAGGUGCAUGGGGUGAGGUUUUACCAACAGUAACCCAUGAACCACACGUGGUUUCCCCAUGUCAUCAUGGCCAAACUUGGAGCUUGUAGAAUGGUCUUAUAGCAUGUAUGGCAGUGCCUUGAAACAGCUGUGUCCUUUGAGUUUCAUCAGGCAAUGGUAGGCUUACCCUGCUUAUGAUUCAUUAACUAGGGAACCUUCAAGGUUAAACAUUUGAGAGCAAGAAUUAUCCAUCCUUUUGUCGGUCAUGCCACUGGAGUAUGUUUUCUCCACUACCCCUUUCUAGAGAAAGGCCUUGGGGCCUCAGGAUCUGUUGGUGUUCUCUUAAAAGGAAUGAGAGAGACAGAGAGACUGCAAGGCACAGCUUAAAAUGAAACUGAUACAGCACCAAUAAUGAGGGACUAUAUUUGGAAAGAUCUUCUAAGGUUAUUUUUGUCUGUGAUCAUUGCUUCUGGACAGCCUGCUGACAACUGCUGGUUCUCUGCUAAUACAGAAGUAGCUCCCUGUGGGUCAGUGGAGGGAAAGGAUGUGCACGCUGGGUUUCAUGCUCUGAUUUUCAAGCAAACUUAUUGUGCAGGAUACAUGCAACACUUCUUUCACUGAAGCCAGCCAUUGCCCACCUAAAAGACUGAAAGUAAUUCUUUACCAUUUUUUAAGAAUUCCUGGUGUUAUUGGGUCUCCCACUUCCUAUGCUUCCUGAUGCUCUCCUCCCUGAAGCCACAGUUUCCCGGUCCCUAGAAUCAGUGGGAGAUUUCCCUAGCUGGUAUUGCUGCCAGCCAGGCUGAUGCAAGAGAAACCCUGGCAGCACUGCUCACCCUGGUUCAGGGAGGGCAGACAGGCCUGAAAUGCAUGAGAACAGCUUUCUAUCUCCCCAGAAAUCUGAUUGCUGCAUAGGACUUACCUUCUGCCUUCCCACACAGAACUUGUUGCGGUGGGGACUGUUACAAUAGGAACAUAUCUCUUCAAAGUUAUUCUAAGUAGCCUGUUUAUAAGCAGAGCCCACUAAGGAGCAAGGCUUGUGAAAGCACUGUGUGGGUGAGGUGCUAAUUUAUAUUCAGAUUCCUUAAUGGGAGCCUAUUUCUGAGGUGUCCUGAGGCUCCUCCUUACCUUGACCUAAACAGGCUCUUGGGAGGGUCUCUCUGCUGCUAGGCCUGUUUGCAGCUGAAUAAGGUGGAAAAGCUAGGAGUCAGAAUAAGAGACUGUAAAACUGACUUUAGGAGAUAAGGAAUUAAUUGAAUUCAAAUUGAAUUUCACUGCAGGUUUAUUUUAGAUUUCAGAAACUAUAUUCUUGCUGAUUGUAGUUCUGGAAGAAGGGUAGUAACUGCCUGGAGUCAGGUAUGGUAGGCUGGAGGACAUUUUACCGUGUGUGAAAGCACUUUUUAUUAGGCCUGGAGUGCCUUCGGACCAGGACUGGGAAGACUUUCUUUAGAGACCGUUUUUAGAGACUUUCAAUGGUGACAGGCUGUCCUAAGAGGAAGGAGCAAGGAGUGUUCUAAGAGAUCAGUAAAUCUGCUCGUUUGAGUAGCUGUGCAGGAGUCUCAGUUGCUGAUACCAUAGGAGCUAAACUUCUAUUUCUCAAAUAUCUGUGUCCACUCUUCUUAAUGUAUUGUGGUGGGUUGACCCUGGCUGGAUGCCUGGUACCCACCAAAGCCAUUCCAUCACUCUUUUUCCUCAGCUGGACAGGGUAGAGAAAAUAUAACAAAAGCCUCGUGCGUUGAGAUAAGGACAGGGAGAGAUCACUCAGCAAUUAUCAUCAUGGGCAAAAGAAAUUCAACUUGGGGAAAUUAGUUUAAUUUACUACCAAUCAAAUCAGAGUAGGGUAAUAGAAACUAAACACCUUCCCUCAUCUGUCCCUUCUUUCUGGGCUCAGCUUCUCUCCUGAUUUUCUCUACCUCCUCCUCCUCAGCAGUGCAGCAGGACAGGGAAUAUGGAUUGUGGUAAUUUCAUCACACAUUGUCUCUGCCACUCCUUCCUCCUUAGGGGCAGGACACCUCACCUUCUUCCCUGCUCCAGCGUGGGGUCCCUCCCACGGGAAACUUCUUCACAAACUUCUCCAAUAUGGGUCCUUCCCAUGGGCUGCAGUUCUUCAUGAGCUUCUUCAAUGUGAGUUCUUUCUAAGGGGUGCUUCCCUCAGGAACAGACUGCUCUAUUGUGGGUCCUCCAUGGGGUCACAAGUCCUGGCAGCAAACGUGCUGCAGUGUGGGCUCUUCUCUCUCCGUGAGGCCACAGGUCCUGCCAGGACCCUGUUCCAGUGCAGGCUCUGCAUGGGUUUGCAGCCUCCUUCAGGUAUCCACCUGCUCCGGCAUGAAGUCCUCCCUGGGUUGUAGGUGGAUUUCUGCUCCACCAUGGGCCUCCAUGGGCUGCAGGAGACAGCCAGCCUCACCAUGGCCUUCAGCACAGGCUGCAGGGGAAUCUCUGCUCCAGCACCUGGAGCACCUCCUGCCCCUCCUUCUUCACUGACCUCAGUGUCUGCAGAGAGAACUCACAUGUUCUCUCUCUGGCUGCAGUUGCCCAUUUGUGCAGCAACUCUCUCUCCUUCUUAAAUAUGUCAUCUCAGAAGCACGACCACCAGCACGGAUGGGCUUGGCCUUGGCCAGCAGUGGGUCCAUCUGGCAUUGGCUCUAUCAGACAUGGGGAAAGCUUCUAGCAGCUUCUCACAGAAGCCACCCUUGUUUCCCUGACACCACCCAAACUUUGCCAUGCAAACCCAAUAUGUGUAUGCUCCUCUGUUUCUCUUUUUUUUUUUUUUUUUUUUUUUAAGGAAGGACACUUGUAUUCUUCUGCUUAGCUAUGUUUUCAGAUUUAGCCUUUCUCUUAAUAUUCGAGAAAACAAAUAGGGCAUUGCUCCACCUCUGUGACACACAGCAGCAUCUUUUCUGCUGUCGUAGCUCAGAAGGGGCAAUAUCAUUUUCCUUAGCGUGGGAGGUGACAGGCUGCAGAGAAUACAAAGCCAGUUAGACCCAAAGUGAAUUAUUCAGAACAGUGAUGAACUGAACAAGGGGAAAUUAAAAUGAAAAUGAGAGCUCCCUAAAUCUGAACUGUUCACCUCCUAUGAAAACUGUGACCAGACUUUUUCCUUUAUGCAAUGGAAAGCUUUAUACAGCUUUUUAGCCAGAACUUUGUGAGACUUGCGCUCAAAACACAGGGUUGGUUGCAGUACUUACGGCACUCAUCCUUUAUUUCUUUUUCUUAAGAAAAACAUGAUAAUAGUUUCCUGGACACAGUGACAGAAAGUUUGCAGACGUCAAAACACAAGAUGUAAUUAGCGGAACUAGCUCUGCCUCGUCCAGCAUGCAGAACAGCAUUGCUGUGGCUGUGUAGUUGUCUGUGUUUGUGUGGCCCAAAAUGCAACUGGCCUUGGCUUCUGUAAUGGUCAGUUAACCCAUGUGGUGAAGUGGGGCCUCUGCUCAGUAGGAACACUUCUGAUGUUUCUGUCUUCCUUCCCUCUAAGUGGUUUUGGACAGCAGGGUGCACGUUAAAGGUGAUCUUUCUAAUACCAUCUGCUAAUGUAUCUUAAUGAAAAGGAGCCCAAAAUGCAGUUUUCUCUUCUAUACAUCAGUCUGCUUCUGCACUGGUCAAUGAGAAUCUUGCUUGUGAGUUCAGGAAGAUACUUGGGUUCUGUCUCCGUGUCCCCAGAUAUCCCAGCAGGACCUCCAUGAUGAUCUAGGCUUCAUUAUGUCAAAUUGUAUAUAAACAUAGAGUAAGCCAUAAAUCUGAAGUACUUAAAACUUUGUAAUACCGAGUAAAUACAGUCUGCAGCUUUGCAAAUGAGAGUUGCUUUGUGAAAGUGCUGGCCAUAGAAGGUAAAAUUUGAGAUCGAGAAGGGUCCAUGAACUUCAGUGCUGGUGGCCAAGACUGGAUAAGGAAUUACAGAAUAUCUGAACCAUUGAAGGAUCAACAUAUUGACGGAUAGAUGAAUAUGCAUUUAUACAUGGUGCUGGUUAUUUUAAUUUAGAGCAAAUUCUUCCAGGAACCAGCUGUGGAGUAAAAGCAGACACAGACACAAAUUCAGCCUGAGAAUAUUUUGCCGUCUUUGUUCCAUCUGGAACUAGGAAGGAGGUAUGAGGAAACAGGAUGCUCCUUCAAGCAGGCCUCUUAAGUUUUUGAAAAUAAUGAGGGGGUGGGGAGAAGAACCCACUUUUGCCUGCCGUUUACCCCUUUAGGCUGCUUUGGAAAUAAUUUGGUAGUAUUGCUGCCUGGUACUGAUUCAUUCUCACCACUCCACUUCAGAAGGGGAGUAUGAAGAAGUCUCUGUCAAGCCUGCGAGCAGAUCCAUUUAAUGGACUAGGAGUAGUUACACACUGUGUUUCUAUGCUAUAAAUCCUUAAAACCUGUUCCACUGGUGACAGAUGGCCUGGCUCAGGAUUAAUGAAACCAAAUAUCUGUGCCACUGCAUCAAACAGCUGAAGAAACUGGCAUCAGAUCUCCAAACUGAGAAGAACAUCCACAGUACCCUACUUUUUCCACCUGGAAAUGCUGCUGGGGCAGUGGGGGAGGAGAGACUUGGCCAUUUGUCUGGGAUUUCCAGGCAGCAAGCUGCCUUCCCAGAGCAAUCCUUUGCAGCAAGCUGCCUUCUCCCUGGAAGUGUGGACAAACGGCCAUUGUAUGUGGGACUGGCUGUAGCAGUGAGCAUGCUUCAGGGCUCCGCGCCCCAGGGCACCCAGGACAUGUUGGAACAUGAGCCGGUGCCUUUGUCGUGGUGAUGCCUGGUCAGUUUGUGUUGGAUGUGUGCCCUGUGGGGUGCAUGUGGCUGUGUUUUGGGGUUCCCCAGAUGGGAAUACUGUAGCCAGCUGUGAGAGUGUCAGUCAGCUUCAGUGGGGUGCUGGGUGGCUCCAGGGCAGAGCCACAUGACUGAUGGAUAUAACAGCAGAACAAAACUGCCCACCACAGAGGUUCAGUUGACUACUCCAUGCUGAAACUGUCACAGAAGCAGAAAAUAAGCAAGGAGACAUAUCUGCACAGUAAAUAAUACCCAGUAAAUUAAUAUUUUAAUUGCUGUUACACACAGAAGAAAUGAGAAAAAAAAAUACAUUCCGAAGAAAGAAUUAAAAUAGUAAAAUCAGCAUAAAAAUAUGUUAAGAAAAGAUCCCAGAUCAAGUGGCCAUAUUGCAUGUGGUGACCUUUACAAUCACAGUAAAGGAAGUAAGUGCUAGAGACUUUCGCACAUGGCAAAAUGUUUGACUCCCAGGGGAGAGCAGCUGCUUCAGUCCCAUCUUUCAGUGCACUCUGCCCGGAAUGCGCGGGAGAGGGGCUGGAGCAAGAGGCUCGCAUGGGGACACGACAUGGAGAUUAGUGUUCAGGACAGACCAGCCAGUCUGCCGUCUCAGCUAGGCACAACUACUGCUUGCCCAACAGCAUUUGUUUUUUUCUUCCUUGUUUGUUUUUGUUGUUGUUCUCUAGUUGCAGUUUUAUUUAACAAAGCAUCAGGUUCUGCUGGACUGACCCUGCCAGCACUGUAGUCUUGGAGCAAACCUCCCCAGGUGAAUUAGGAGCAAGGCCUGGCCUGGCAGGAGCCUGCACAAGCAAGGACUAGAUACAUGUGUUUGUACUGAUUCAGCACCAUUGCCCAAUGGGCUGGCUUUGGUUUCUUGCGUUUUAGCUAUCAGGAAAAGGUUUGUUUUAUUUCCUGGUGUUCUCUGUCUUUUGACUGAUCUGAAUUGGCCCAGUUGUGCUCCCCGUGCAGUCUCGGUAGUUCAGC